UUCUUAAAGGAGAGAAUGAUAUCAGCUGAAACACUUGGAAGAAAUGGUGUCGUGCAACGUCGCUGGCACAAUCAGGACACAAAGUUUCAGUAUUUAUGGAACUGCAAAGAGUAUCUAAACAAGGCAUCUCGUAUAAUUCUAGCAACGGAUGCUGAUGCCCCUGGACAAGCUUUAGCGGAAGAACUAGCAAGACGCCUUGGUAAAGAAAGAUGCUGGAGGGUCACUUGGCCAACAAAAACUGGUACUGGAGUUUGCAAGGAUGCAAAUGAGGUACUAUCAUGUAUUUACUUCGCCUAUUUCUUUCGAAGGUCUAAAUGUGGACGAUGUUGAAAGCAUGCUCAAUCU